UUUUUAGGUACGAAUUUUACAUAAAACGACGCAAUUCAUCAAUAAAACCAUUUAGCAUAACGAUAUUUAGGAGUUUUUGUGCUAUAGUAAUCCAUACAUUGUAACAACAAUAAUCACUAUUUAGAGAAUGCUGCGCCAGCCGCUGUCUCGGGCGCUAGCGCUGACCGCGGCGCCCCGUGUGGCUCCGGUCGCGCGCCACUACGCCGACCAGGUCCAGAAACAACCGGAGAAGAUCGAAGUUUUCAUUGACGACAAACCUGUUCAUGUCUUCCCUGGCACCACUAUAUUGCAGGCUGCUGCAGAAGUGGGCGUAGAAAUCCCCCGUUUCUGUUACCAUGAGCGGCUGGCCGUAGCCGGAAACUGCAGGAUGUGCCUCGUAGAAGUAGAGAAGUCCCCCAAGCCAGCCGCAGCUUGUGCCAUGCCUGUCAUGAAGGGCAUGAGGAUCAAAACCAACUCAGACUUGACCAGGAAGGCCCGUGAGGGUGUCAUGGAGUUCCUUCUUGUGAACCAUCCCCUGGAUUGCCCCAUUUGUGACCAGGGAGGUGAAUGUGAUCUCCAGGAUCAAUCUAUGGCUUUUGGAUCUGAUAAGAGUCGCUUCACUGACAUUCAUUUCUCAGGAAAGAGGGCUGUCGAGGACAAGGAUGUCGGGCCUCUCAUCAAGACCAUCAUGACGCGUUGCAUCCACUGCACGCGUUGCAUCCGGUUUGCGUCUGAAGUCGCCGGUGUUGACGACUUCGGCACGACCGGCCGUGGUGGUGACAUGCAGGUCGGCACAUACGUGGAGAAGAUGUUCCUGUCUGAGCUGUCGGGCAAUAUCAUUGACCUGUGCCCUGUCGGUGCCCUCACCUCCAAACCGUACAGCUUUGCGGCCCGGCCUUGGGAGACUCGCAGGAUCGACUCCGUGGACGUGUUGGACCCCCUUGGCAGCAACAUCGUGGUAGCCACUCGCACCAAUGAGGUGCUCCGCAUCCUGCCCCGAACCAAUGAGGAGAUCAACGAAGAGUGGCUAUCGGACAAGUCUCGCUUCGCCUGCGACGGUCUAAAGCGCCAGCGCCUCGUGACGCCGAUGCUGAAGGACUCGCGCGGCAACCUGACUCCCGUCGAGUGGGAGGACGCUCUGGUGGAGGCUGGUCGUGCGCUGCAGGACUGCCCAGGAGACAAGCUCCUGGUAGUGGCCGGAGCGCUAGCCGACGCCGAAGCCCUCGUGGCGCUGAAGGACCUCGCCAACAGGCUCGGCAGCGAAGCCGUGUGCACCGAGCAGAGCUUCCCCACCGCCGGCGCCGGCACCGACCUGCGCUCCUCCUACCUGCUCAACACCAGGAUCGCCAACGUUGAAGAGGCGGACUUAGUGCUCCUCGUCGGCACAAACGUCCGCUUCGAAGCGCCGCUGCUCAACGCGCGCAUCCGCAAGGCCUUCAUCCAUCGCGACACAGAUGUCGCCUUCAUCGGGCCCAAGGUCGACCUCACCUACGAGUACAUUCACGUUGGUGACGACGCCUCAAUCGUGAAAGACCUCGCAUCAGGCUCGUCCUCUCACGCCAUCCUCAAGCGGUUGGAACAGGCAAAGCGGCCCGUCGUGAUCCUUGGCGCUGAUCAGUUGAAGGGUGCAGAGGGCGCUGCCUUGCUCGCGCACACGCAAGAGCUGGCCUUGAAGCUGCAAGAUAAACUCGCUGAUAAGGAGUGGAAGGUCCUGAACGUGCUCCAAAGGACCGCGUCGCAAGUGGCAGCGCUCGACAUUGGCUACCAGCCCGGUGUUGACGCAGCCCUGGCUGCCGGACCGAAGGUUGUGUACCUGCUGGGCGCCGACGCAGGGGUCGUCACAAGGGACAAGUUGCCCAAGGACGCUAUUGUUAUAUACCAAGGUCACCAUGGUGAUGCCGGCGCUGAGAUCGCGGACAUCGUCCUGCCUGGCGCCGCCUACACGGAGAAACGCGCUACCUACGUCAAUGCAGAAGGCCGCGCUCAGCAGACACUACCAGCUGUGACUCCGCCCGGCAAGGCGAGAGAGGACUGGAAGAUUAUCAGAGCCCUAUCGGAGGUGGUCGGCGCGCGGCUGCCUUACGACAACCUGGACGAAGUUCGCGCGAGACUCGGCGAGACGAGCCCCGCUCUGUUGACGUACGGCGAUGUUCAGGCUAACAACUACUUCGCGCAGGCGCGCGCGCUCAACCAGAGUCUCCAAAAACCAGUCUCGGGCAAGCUGGACGUGCAGCUCAAGUCGCUGGAGGAUUUCUUCAUGACGGACGCCAUCUCGCGCGCCUCGCCCACCAUGGCCAAGUGCGUGCAGGCCGUCAUCAAGCAGAAGGCCUCGCCUUAUUAGACACCAGCGUGGGUAUUUUCUAUACUUAUUUUGUAGAACUUGGACUUACACAUUUUUGAAGGAAGAAAAAAUAUUUAGAGCGCAUUUUUGAUCAGGGAGAAAAAAGGUUGGCCAUGCCAGUGCCAACACAUUUUAUUUUUAGUCCAGGCUAGUCUGUGGCCAAGAGUAAGCCCAUUUAUAAUUUUAAAAAAAGAACGGGGAUAAAAUGGUUGGCUAUGCCAGUUGUAGAAAUUUUGAACAGGGAGAAAAAAGAUUGGCCAUGCCUGCUGAUGAACUGCUGAUGAACACAUCUUUUAACAUAGAUUUAAAUGCCGGCUGAAUAAAUAAAAUUUGGGCGCCAAUGUUACGGUUUUUGUCCCAACGGAGCAGAGCAAAGAUUGCGGCACUAAAAUAUAGUAGAUAAAUAUGAAAUUUUGAAUAUUUAGGAAUAUUUAAUAUCAAUAAUAAUCAAGUUAUUAUGCACUCUUAAAAGUUCUAUAUAAAAUAAUGUAGAAAAUACCCGAACAUAGACUUUGAAAUGCGGCGUAUUAAAUAAGUAUAUUCCUGAUAUCUACCGCUUGGUUGCUGUAUUUAUUAAUUGUUUUAUACAGCAAUCGAGCGGCAGAUAUCUCCUAGGGUAAUAAAAUAACAAAUUUUUAUUUUGCCUUUCUGCAAUCAUUUUUUAGACGAAAAUACUUCAGAAAAGCAUCUUAUAGUUGAAUCUUAACUCGCUCUUUUUUAUUUACGAACAAUUUUAUUAAAUUCGACUAUGUACAUUGUGAUUUUGAAGCUAUUUAUUUUCUUAUUGUAAGGAUAAACUAGUGUUUUCAACUUUCCAAACUUUCCAACCUCAAAUAAUAUAUCAAGUAAAUCAUAGUAAAAGGGAUCGAACGAAAUGCUACUAAGAACGGAUAUGUAACAACAGGUUAUUGUAUUGUAUAUAGUAAACAAUUGUAGCAUAAAAUAAAUGUAGUAUAAUGAUUGUCGAAA